UAUUGACAAAUAGAAAUGUGCUUUAAAUACCAAACGAGAAUAUUGUUUACACAAUUUAACCUACCGCGAUGUUAUGCCACAAAGCAGGCACCGAAAGGGAGCCGUCCUGUUGGUCUGGCCCAUCCGCCAGAUCCGAAGACCGUCAGCUGCGACUAUAUAGGUCCGCCAGAUCCGCAAUCGAACCUCCGCCCCUACGUGAGGCACUACGAUGAAAACGAAACGGAUCUGGCUAAGAAAUUGCGAUUGACGCGCAUCGAAGUGGAGGCUUGGAACGCGAGUUUCUGGACCAAGCACAACAAACGAUUCUAUGAGGAGAAAGAAGACUUCAUACGACUGCACAAAGAGGCUGGCACCGAGGACAUCUCGGCCGAUCGCAUGAGUGAAUUCUACAAGACCUUUCUGGACAAGAAUUGGCGAAUUCAUAUGAUGUACAACCUCUCGUGGUAUCUGAAAAACUUUGACAUGCUCACAUUGGCGUUCAUGGUGCAGGUCCAAAAGCUUCUGACUCGCAGAAAGAGACGAACAGGAGUCUGAGUACUCAGAAACUAGUUUCGAUUCGUUUUGUUAAUUUGAUUUGUUUCGUUUUGUUUUGUUGGAUCGGGUAGACUACACUCGAGUAUAUGUAUGCACCAAUUUAGUUCUUAGGAUGAAAAUUUUUUGAGUAUUUAAAUAGACAAAUAAAGUGAAACGUUUCAAAUGAUUGCAAAA